AUGAGAGCAGGUAGAUUGCGAAUGGCGACGCUCGUCAGUAUCCUUCAUUCUAUUCAAGAAGAUGCAGAGUAUCAAGCACUCAAGGACAAGGAUAAAGUGAUUGACCCAUAUCCACUACGAUCACAAAAGCAGUUUUUUCCAGGAACGUUCGACAGUCCUCUUUUUCGUCUUAUCACCAUUCUACAAUCGGUUGAAUCAAACGAAAAUACAUCUAGCGUGGCUCGACAAGAAUCGGAUGCAGUAGAAAAUAUUACUGCGUCGCAGUCACUAAAUGAUAUGGCUGGCAAUCAAGUUUUUCAACCAACCUUUUUAUCUUCUUCGAACUUGUUGCCCACCUAUGGUUCAUCUUUGCCCAAUCUACAGCCAAAUGAAUCCACCGCAUCAUCGUCAGAAACCUUGGCAGCAUCACAUGCAAGACAGCAAGUUUUUGCCGUAUCUGAUAUGGUGUCAAAUGCUCAUCGUAUUGAACACGCUAGUUUACCAGUGCAACAGCUCCAGAGUUUGUCUGAACUCGGUCUUGGUUCAUUGACAGGAACAGAUCCGCCAUCGCAACCAUUGUGUGAAACUUACAAAACAGAACCAAACUUGCAUGAAGCGCAAGAUAUUCAAAACACUAUAGAAACGACACAUCUUGUUGAAUGCGAAUCACAUGGCUGCCAGACUAGUCGCAGAAACUCCACAAGUCAACAACCAUUAGUACGCGGUAUUACAAAUCUUUGUCAACCAUCUUUAGCAUCAGCAGAUAUGAGACUACCUGAUUGCACAUCAACACCAAUACCAAUACCAAAUCUUGUUUUGCCAGCAUCCAUGUCGCGUAUGCCCUCACUAGCAUCCUCAUCCGCAAGUUCUACAUUGGAUUUAGUUGGGAGUUCUCCCAGUUUGCCAUCUUCACCCAACCCAUCCAUGUCGCAGCGUUGGACAGACGAGUAUGCACAUAUUGACAUUGAUUGGAGCAUGCAGGCGAUGGAUACGCUUUAUAGUGCAUCCUUUUAUGAUUUUAUUCGAUCGGAAAGCAACAUUGAGAUAUCCGGACAAAAGCUUGCUCGUCUUGUCAAAGAGUAUCAACCCAAGCAAGUGGCAAAAGCACUGAAUUGGAUUAUUCAAGGAUGGAGUGUACACAACACAGCUAGACUCCUUGUCAUGAUUUUUUCUGAUUGGUUACCAGAUCUUGCUGGAUGUGUGUUUGCAAUUCUAUGUCGAGAAUGGCCACUUAAUCCACAAACAGCCAUGUGUACAGCAUAUCUUAUCCACGCAGAACCACCUUCGGCAGCAGCAUUAUUCAUUCGUAGUCUUUCAAAUGGAUGGAAACAAGACGUGUCAGUUGAAUUAAUCAGCUAUGUGGACGAAGUGCUUGAAUGGGACAGUUCUUAUUUCAAAGCAUUUAUUGCUGCAUAUUCUAAAUUGAUCUAUGCUGCUCCAGUACAGUCUAAAUCUACAGUAUCUGUGGAUGCGCUGGGCUGGAGUUCUGUUCAUCAGAAAACAAACUCGUGCAAAACAUGUGAUUGUGAAAAUAGCAAGAGUAGCAAGACAAGGUCACACAUGCAUGCAAGUGAUAGUCCAACAUCUAGUACAGAGAGUCUCCAUAGCAAUAUGACAACGGCGGGGACCAUUUCAACUCAACGUGAAUCCAAUUUUCCAGGUUCAUCUACAUCGACACCAAGUUGCUAUUCUAAUUACGGAUCUUCCACCCAAUCAAAAUGUACGUUUGACGAACACCUCGAGUCUAAAGAUUUUGAAAACUCUGAUGAUUCCAAUUCUGGACUAUUUGAUGGACAUCAAACACUGUUGAAUCAGUUGAAAACCAAAUCUAAAGAAUUAGAGGUUCAGCAAAAGGCUUUAGAAGAGAUGCAAGAAGCGAUUGACGAGUAUGAACACGACGCACAAAUACAUUCAAUGGAAUGCAAGCAAUGUGAACUUAAAAUCUCAUGCAUAUACAUGAGUGCAAUUCAAGCGAAUCUUUCAGCAGCACUGGAUAGAAUGUGUGACAUGGAAUAA